AUGAAAAUGAACCCUCCCCCCUCCCGUUCAACCUCCUCCCCCCCAAAACGAAAAAAACAAUCUAUGUCGCCCUCCCGUACUCUCAUUGCAACCCACACAUCCCUCCACCUUCUCUACCACCGGAACAAGAACCAGCACGGGGCCGCGAAGUGGUGGAAAUGGCUCGCUAUGCUGAAGCGGUCGAUGGCGGAGCUGGUAGCGCUGGUGAGGAGGUAUGAGCGGUAUGGCGAUGAGUAUGAUGAUGAUGAUGGAUUUCGAGCCAAAGUGCUGGAGAGGAUGCGAUAUGUGCAUUUUUGGAUUGUGCCGAGGUGUUAUGUCGCCUUUUCCACUGUCGUUGCAGACACCCAAUUUACCUCUAUGGGUAUCGUGCUCCUCGCAACUCUGGCACAGGCUGCCCAGGCCGUUGCGCAGGCAGGCGAGAAUCAAUCACCAGCGGCCAACCAUGCCCUGGAGGCCGGAGCCAGUAACGCACCCGCUACAACUACUAAUCCCGUAUCCGCCACUCGCGAUAAGCAUGCCAGCGUCGAUUUUGGCGAGGUGGUGAAGAGAACGGUUUAUGUCCCUUGUACGACAGACUCUGUAGAGAAAGCAGGGUCUGAUAGUAAGAAAGGGAGGGGGAAAGGGAAGAGUCCUAUUAUUCCGGUGGCUGCUAUUGAUGGAAGGGAAGGAGAGGGUUUGAAAGAGGGAUCUAAUUGUGAGGUUUCAUCGGUGCGGUUGGGUGAGCACGAGGAAGAAGCAGUGCGGCAGAAGAGGAAGAAACCGAAGACGAAGAGGAAAAAGAGGAAAGGGGAUGCGAUUGAUGAUAUUUUUGGCGAUUUGUAG